AAAACUAAACGAAUUUUUAUAAUUUAUAAUAAAAAAUUAGUACUUAGUUUUAAAAGGCUGUACGAUCAAUUUAUUUCAAAAUUUCCUUGGCAUACGAUUUUUUUUGUAGUUGGCGUACGAUCACACUUUUUUUUCACCUGGCAGCCAUGGUCCCUACCAAUAAAAUAAGACACAGUCACCAAUUCAAGAAUUCGCAAAAACUAUUGUCACAAACUCACAAACUAAAACAGAUUAACGGGUUGUCCAGUUGUUUGCUUAGUAUGAUGGAAGAGGGUGAUCAGAUCAAUAAUGAAGGUGAUGAACAAUAUGAAGCUGAUGAUCAAUAUAAAGAUGAGAGUUAUGGUGAAAGGUAUCAAGAAGAAUAUUAUGAUGAGGGUGAAGAGCAACAUCAAAAACCCACUAAACCACCAAAAAAAUUUCGAAAUAAUUAUAGGAAUGACCGCUACAACAAUGCUUAUGGGGAUUACAGCGGUGGCUAUGGUCCACCAGGGGGUGGAUACGGGCACAAUUUUAGAGCACAGCGUAAUUUUGGCCCUCGUGGCCAGUUUCCUAUGCCAGGUGGCCCUCCUAUGUUCUAUCAUGGUUCUCCGGGGCCCCAAGGGCCACCGGGAUCACAUUUCAUGUGGGGAAGAGGAUUUGGCCCCGAUGGUCCACCAAACCGUAGGCUGCCAGUGGAUGACAAAACUAUAAAAUACCUGUUACGUUGUGGUGUUGCAAAAGAGCACCUUAAGAAUUUGCCACAUGGUUUAUUGAAACUGAUUGAACCUGAGUAUUGUGGACUUUGCGCCCAAGGUUUUGACUCGUUUUCCAUGUCUCGCAUACAUUACAUUUCCAAAAACCAUUUGAAGAAUCAGAAAAAAUGGUUAUCCCAACAAUCUGAGAUAGGAUUCCGUCGCGCCAGAGAGAGUAACAACCUACCUCUGAAGGCACGUGAGCUCUACUGUGAACUUUGCGACGUUCAUAUUACGUCGAAAACUCACUCUGAUUCCCAUUACGCAGGAAAACCACACCGAGCGAUUGUUGAAGGGCGCAAGAAUCCGAGAAAUCCGUUUUUGCUUCAACCAGGAAUGGAACAACGAUUGGAGCAGUUAAUCCGUCGUGAGAAGAAAAGUCUUAAAGCUGUCGAAGAGGAAGUGGUGCCUGAGAGAGAGACAAAAGCUGUACAGCCAGAUCUGUAUUGUGAAAUUUGUAAGACAUCAGUGACUUGCUCGGAACAAAUGACAAUGCAUUUGAACGGCAAGCGACAUCUAGCGAAAGAAAAGCAAUACAUUUUAAAAAUGAUGAAGACUAGCGGAGGCAAUGAUGGAUUGCAGGAGAAACAGAACGAAGAAAAUUCUAUGGAAGUAAACGAAGAUGAAGGUGAAGGCGAGUGUGAGGCAGAAGGUGAAGGCGAGUGUGAGGCAGAAGGUGAGGCUGAGGGUGAAGAGAGUUAUGAUUGGGGUCAGGGAGAAGAAAAGUGGGACGAAACCGAAACGAAAGAAGAAGAGAAGGAAGAAUAGUUUGAAAUGUGUACAAUACUGUUCACAUUAUAGAUAAAGCAGAUCUUCAACAUUGAUGUGCAGUUUUUCGUUGGUUUUUUGAACUUGGACUGCCGAUCCCCAUCCAUGGUCAUCAGCUCUUGAAAUAUAAAUUAUAUUCUCUAUUACUUUGUAUCAGUAAAAUACACAAUUUUAAUAAAAA